CAAACUAGUGAGGUCGAACUUUGUAGAACAAACAUACUUCUAUUAUUCCUGAAAAGACCCUUCUAGAUAGCCGUUAAAACCCCCCAAAAUUGCAACCCAUCUCUCUCCCACCGAAUUUCACAACUUCUUCCAUUAAAUCACAGGCCAACUGCUUGCUUUUCCCCUUCAAAAAAGUUUCGAAAGAUGGAAGAACAACAUGUCAACAAAAGAAGAAAGACAGAAGAAAUCAACAACAACGCAAGAUCAACAAAGAAAAUAAAGAUGUAUUGCCCAGCAUCAUCAAAAACAGCAGAAAUAAUGGCGUGUGAAGACCAGAGAUUAGAUAUAGGCACUAUUGCUCGAAUGUUCGGGCUCGAACCCGCGACCUUGAGGUUCAAUGGACACUUUAUUACCAGAGGAGUAGACCUUAUUGCUUCGUCUGUCACAUGGAGGUCGCUUCUCUCUUUCUUCUCUUCUCGGGGUUUGUGCACUGGUACUGAUUCUUCCGCUGCUCUCGUCGUCGACGGCAAGCUCGUCAAGUGCGGGACCAAGAUUGUUGCCCGAUCAAGUUUAAAAGAGAAGAUGCCUAUCAGAAUAAACGUGAAUGCUUUUAUGGCUCUAAGGAUGAAGAGAGAGUUACAAGAAAAGGCGAUGAUUGAGCCCCAACCACCUUUUCUCAAGCGCAAGAAGGAAUCUACCAAUGAAGCACAUUGCCCUCAGACAGUGAUUGCCUCGGAGCGGCUGCACUCAAGCGUUGAGAGGAGGCCUUCAUCGAGUAGAGGGCCAUCAUCUCGAUUGAGGCUUGGAGAUGUCGACUUUAAUAGGGAUGACAUGGGCUUCCUCAGACGAUAACCUAUACUCUUUGUUCUCCCUUGCCACCGCCAAAGAGGGUGCAUAAGCCUAUAGCUGGGAUGGACGUCCCUUUCACUAGAAUGAUACGCGACGAUAAGGAUCGGCGGUUUAGGAAGAUUUGCAAGGAGCUAUAUUCCGCUAAAGAUGAGGAGUACUUGAACUCCAUAGGUGAGGAUGAGGUGGAUGAGCUUCAUCACUCUUGGAUCGACGUAAGUGUUGUGGUCAUUCUUCGUGUUUUAUUGCGUUGUAUGUUCUCUUGAUUUCUUGUUUUUAUCUUUGCAGAUGUCCAUUCGGAUGACUACCUUGGCCCGCCGUCGCAUUACUUUGGCUGAGGAGAACAAGAAGCUAUCUGCUUCGGUGUCCGAGUUAAAGGCUGCGGCUCAGCAUCACCAAGGGAUCGUGAAAGACUUGGAGACAAGGCUUCAUAAAUCUGAGUGCGAACUGACGAGAGCCAUGAGGACCAUCGAUAACAAUCAAAUUGACUUUAAUGAGAAGUCAUAUGAGAUGAAUGUCCGAAUUAAUUUUCUGACAAAGGAGCGUGAUGAUAUAGUGAGGAGAGUGCAUCGUCUUACGAUGAAGCUUGAUGAGGCUCUAGUUAAGGCUGACAGGUGUGCUAAAGAAUGGUUCGAGCUUGGCAAAACUCGGAUAAGUGUGAGGUGUACAACGCCGAAGUGGGUGAGAGCUCCUACCAGGCUGGCGAGAUAGAUGCGCUAGAGCGGAUGAGAUAGGCUAUAAGUCAGGACCACCCAACCUUUGAUUGGGAGGCGCAAACUCAGACCUACCGGUCUCUUUACAAAGUUGAGAUGGCUUCGCUGCACGCUCAAAUGCAAUCCACUUGUCUGGAUCAGCAGGUUGAGCGUGGCACCUAACAAUUCUAGGAAGGUUAUAAGGAUGUCGAGUAUGCGGAAGAUGGUUGGGACUUUGGCAGUUCUUUUCAUUAGUGCUCAUGUAGAGACUUAGUUUUUAUUUCUCUUUAUAGAGUUAGCUUUUUGUUUGCUUGUAGUUUGGGGUUGCCUUCCUUGCGUAGUUGUUCUUCAAAUAAGUAGUCUUUGUUUGCUUGUUGUUCUUAUGUUGUAAUACACUAUAAUGGUAAUGAAAAUUUUAUCUUUCAUUGA